AUGGCGGCGUCUCAGUGCAAAGAGGAUUAUACUUGCGGUUUGAGAGACAGCCGGACGGACCUCGCGAAGAGUGACAGCGCACAAGGCUCCGUCGCUGGCUGGCUGGCCCUCAUCCCGCCCCGCGUCCCUCGCUCAUUGGGCAACCCUCGUAAACCUCGCCUCCCUGCCGCCGCGGAGCUAGGCCCACUCCCAUGCCGUGGCCCUGCCCUCAUCCUCACGCCCGCCCCCUGCCCCUUCCUCGUCGCCGCCGCCCCUUCCCCGCCCUCAGAUCCCCCGAAAGCCGUGCGACCGAGGGCGGACUCGCGGGGCAACCCGGCCGGAGCGAAGAAGGCCCCCAAGAGCGCCCUCAAGCGCCUGCCACUGGCUUCCGCUGGCUUGCUGGUCUCUACAUCGGGGUUGGCGCCCACGAGGGGGAUCUCCGCGGGGCUAUUUCAAGGCUACUUCCAAGUCCACGUCCCUCUCCCUGGCCAGCGCCGCCCGUCCGCCCGUCCGCCCCCCGCCUUCGCCCUCUCCCUCCCCGCCGCCUCCCCCGAAACGAGUCCAGGCGGGGUGAAAGUGCCCCCGCCGCCCUCUCGGCGACACCAGGAAUGUGCGGGUGCCGGCAGAGGUCACAGGUCACGAGCCCAUGUUGGGAGGGCAGGCCGUGACGCAACGACGACUCCAAACCCACUGCGUCGUUGUACGUUUUCCUUCCUGCCCCUCGUCGUCCAUCACCAGUGCCCCCCCCCCCGCGUGCCCCCGCCCCCCUUGCCGUGCCCGUGCCCGCCCCCUCGCCGUGCCCUCCCGGACCGCGAGGCCUUCCCUUCAGGCAUGAGCUCUGACCGCUCCUGA